UUAAAAACUACUAUAAAAACAGUAAAUGUACGUUGAUUUAAUUUAGUGUUCAAUUUUCGUGUGAUAUUUGAAGUAAAAUAACAAAAUAUCUAAUUUAAUUUACAAAAAUGACAAGUAUAAAUAUGCCGAUUCUUGCUCUUGUGCUAUGUUCAAUCACCGGCGAACUAUUUGCAGCCGACGAUUGGUACGAAUAUGGACACUUUUAUCAAAUCUAUCCGCGAAGUUUUCAAGACAGCGACGGCGAUGGUGUCGGUGAUUUGAAUGGCAUUACAUCUCGUUUGUCUCACCUUCAAUACGUUGGUGUAUCGGGUGUUUGGCUUUCUCCAAUAUUUAAAAGCCCUUUGAAAGAUUUCGGUUACGAUAUAUCGGAUUUUCGCCAAAUUCAGUCGGAAUACGGAACAAUGGAAGAUUUUGAGCGUUUGGUUGAACGCUGCAAAGAAUUAGAUAUCAAAUUAAUUUUGGAUUUUGUGCCGAAUCACAGCUCCGACCAACACGAAUGGUUUAAAAAAUCUUGCAACCCGAGUGACCCCGAAUAUGAAAAAUACAAAGAUUUCUAUGUUUGGAAUGAAGGAAAAUUGUUAGAAAAUGGAACAAGAGUGCCGCCAAGUAAUUGGGUCAGUGUAUUUCGUGGAAGUGCUUGGACAUGGGUGGAAACCAGAAAAGCAUACUAUUAUCAUCAAUUCUACGCAGAACAACCGGACCUUAACUUUAGAAAUGAUGCAGUCGUUGAAGAAAUGAAGGAAAUUUUGCGAUUUUGGAUGCGAAAGGGAGUAGGUGGUUAUAGAGUUGAUGCUGUACCACAUUUCUUCGAAUCGAAAGAAAAUGCAGAUGGCGUGUACGAUGACGAACCGUUAAGCGGCGGAAGUUGUGAACCUGACGAAUAUUGUUCUUUAAACCACACAAACACCUACGAUCUGGACGAAACUUUUGAUCUGGUUUAUGAAUUCCGAGCAGUUUUGGACGAACCGGAAUUUUCAAAUCCUACUCGAGUUUUAAUGGCUGAAGCAUACUCGCCGCUGUGUAACGCUUUGAAAUACUAUGGAAAAGUUGAAAAUGGAACAAUUACUAAGUACGGUGCACAAAUUCCAUUUAAUUUCCAAUUGAUGCAGAAUACCAAGAUGGGAAGUGGAUCGCAAGACUACAUUAACAGUAUCAAUAGUUGGAUUCUUAAUUUACCCAAAGGAAAUGGAAUUCACGCAAAUUGGGUCUUGGGAAAUCAUGAUAAAAAACGAAUUGCAACGGAUUAUAAGCCAACCAGAACUGAUAUUUUCAAUAUUCUACUGAAGACUUUGCCUGGAAUUACAGUCACCUAUUACGGAGAAGAAAUUGGAAUGACAUCGAAUGAUAAAAUAUCAUCAGAGGAUGAACGAGAACAAUCACGUACACCAAUGCAAUGGGACAACACAAAAAAUGCUGGAUUUAGCGAUGCCGAAACGACGUGGCUUCCAGUUGCUGAAAAUUUUACGGAAUGUAAUGUGAAAUUGGAAAAGUCACAACCUCAAAGCUUCUUGAAAAAUUUCCGAAGAUUAAUAACAUUGCGAGAGAAUCCAACAAUUAAAUAUGGAACAUUGCAACUCGCUGCAAUCGAUGAAGAAGUACUGGCGUAUAAGAGGGAAAUCGAAGGUGACCCAAAGGCAGAUAUUAUCGUGAUGGUCUUGAAUUUAGGUACGUCGAAUAAAACAGUCGAUUUGAAGGCUCAUUUCAGCAAUUUACCGAAGAACAUGAGAGUGUCUAUAGUGUCGAUUCAUUCGAAAACUAUCAAACCUGGCAAUUCAAUUGAAACGCAAAAACUCUUCUUGUCGUCGGAAGUCGGUGUUGUACUUAUUGGUCGAAAGCGUUAAAAUUUAAAUAAUAAAAGGAUUUCAUUUGGCAAAAAAGUGCCAAGAAUUAUAAGAAUAAGGCAA